AUGCAGUCAUUUCACUGGACGUGCAAGUUAAUCGCCAUUAACUGUUGUGCUCAUUGUGUAUUGCAAUCUAUUGUUUUUCAGAAACCUGCCACAUUGAAUCGCUUGAAUCGACCCCAUAAUUUCACCUCUCGUUCAAUCUUGCGCAUGGACAUGUGCAGCGCAUGUGGUCGCCGCAUAGCCUUCGGCAAAACCGCGUACAAGUGUACGGUUUGCCGUUUGUUAGUUCAUCCAUCAUGUAAAAAAGGAGUAACAUUGGUACCGGCUCCUCCAUUUAGCAGUUCGAGGCCGAAGGGCCCAGUUGUUGCUCCUACAAGCCCAACACUAUCCGUCCGUUUGGGGAUACGGAAUAUCAACCUGACUGACUUUUGCCCAGAAGAUCAAUUUCCGAGAAUUCCGGCUCUCAUAAUUCACUGCGUGACCGAGGUGGUCGCACGUGGUAUGAACACCGUUGGUCUGUAUCGUGUUUCGGGAUCGGAGAAACAGGUCCGAGGUGAGCCUUCAAACAAACAAUCAGUGAGCUACACAGGAUGGCUUCUCACAGCCGUAGAUCCAAUCAUGCCUGAAAGAUCAACGGGUUGA